AGUUCAGCUCAUCCAUGAAACAUAAAAACGAAUGAAUGAUAUCAGUGUGUUUCUUCUUCGCCACAACUAUAUACGUGCUGAAUAACAAAGAUGUGGAUCCUGUGGCUGGCCCUUCUUCUGCCCGAGAUUGUUAAUGGUCAAAACUCGUCCUGCGUCGCCGGGAGCGUGGGCGCGGUGAGGGUGACGGCGGUGACGGCCUUCACGGCGAGCGUGGAGUGGGGCGAGGCCGCAGCGGCGGACCCGAGCUGCGACGUGCGCUACUCCGUGUGCUGGACCCUCACGCUGUCCGACAACACCCGGUGCGCGAGCGAGCCGCUAAACACCACUGCCUACACCAUCGAGGAGCUGAACCCGUGCGUCAACUACACCGUGGAGGUGACGGCGACCGAGGCUGGCGGCGGGGAGGAGCGGGGCAACACCACGCUCAGGACCCUCCCCAGGAGCCCGUUGUUCGCCAACGCCACGGAGACGGGCCCGGGCGAGGCGCGGGUGUUCUGGCUGCACCUGUUCCUCGGCAACGACUGCGUGACGCAGUUCUCCGUCACGUGGGCCGGAGGGGUGGGCCUGGCGCCGGCCAGCUCCAACCAGCUGACGGCGCGCGGCCUCGCCUCCUGCGCCGACUACAACUUCAGCGUGGCGGCGCUGGACGCCGGUCUGCUCGCCUCGGAGCCGCUGUCGGCCGCCCUCACGACGGACAUGCUGAGCCCCGUGCUGAGCGUGAGCGCCGCUGACGUGGACGCCCACUCGUUCGACGUGCUGUGGACGCGGCCGCUGGACUCGGCGGGCAGCGCCUGCAGCCACUGGUUCCAGCCGUGCUGGGGCGCGCCGGGCGCCGCCGAGGGGCAGGAGUGCGUGACCUUGGCCCGCGACGCCACGUCCACGCGCGUGUCGGGCCGCGCCGCCUGCUCGCCGCACAACGUGAGCGUGGCCACGGUGUCGGAGCGCUCCAGCCACACGCCCUUCUGGCUCCUGCACGUCACGCCCAGCGAGAACCGCACGGUGAUCGCGGCGCUGCACGUGACGGAGCGCACCGUGCAGUCGGCGCACGCGCGCUGGACUCCCCUGUACGAGGGCCUGCCCUGCGCCAUGGCGUACCGCCUGUGCUGGAGCCGGCAGCCCGAGGGCGACGACCCUUCCUGCGUGAUCCUCCACACGGACGUGACUGCGCACAACGUGACCGGGCUGCGGCCGCGCGCCCUCUACUCGCUGCAGCUGGCCGCGCUCUUCGACACCGACGACGUCUCAGAGGCCGUCAACGUCACCGUCUUCACGUCCGACGGAUCAGGUGCCACCACACAGAAGAUUUCGGGAGUGACUUUGGCUGUUUCUCUCAUGAUUUUGUUGAGAGUUCCAUAUUUUCUGUAAAUUUUCUCAGAACAAGCUAUUAGACGAGAAAAUAUGACAUAAUUCUCUUCCUUCCAUCGCAUAUUAUUUAAUAAUUAUAAAGAACAUUAUUUGUGU